AUGACCGCCUAUGUAUUAUAUCGUCGAACAACACUUGGAACAGCACUUGAGCAAACUUUGAGCGAUAUGCAAGAAGAGGGUUUGAUUCCGACACAAUUGUGUGGAAAAAUCAUGUCGCAAUUUGAUAAAUCAAUGCAUCGAGCACUUGAGAGAAUUGCCAAGGAAAAGGUGAGAGAAUUUAAUGAAGCAUGGGAUUUAAAAAAGGGUUGGGAAAGGCGGAAGAUUUCAUACUAAAUUUUUUGAAUUGGCAUAAUUUUUGAAACUUCUGAAACACGAUUCAGCUGGGAAAAAUUCAUUGAAAAUUAUUUUAAAAGUUUUCUACCUUAUUUUGCAAUUUUUUCAUUCAAAUAAUUAUGGCAGAACAGUUGCUUUUCCAGAUUUUUUCCACCUGAAAUUAAUAUUUCAAAAGCUCUAUCCACAUGGUACUACCCAAAAACUUUAGCAUAUUUUUUGAGACCUGACCAGAAAAAAUUGGAGUUCUAGUGAUUAGUAAGAUAUACACUUCCUUUUCUCAAAUAUUCUGGUAUUUCUAUUUUUCCAGACAAUUUUCAUGGCCGAACAAUUGUUAGCCUACCGUUUUUGCGAUAAUGUUUGGACAUUUAUUCUUCGUGAUGUUUCAUUCAAAGAUCCACAAAGAUCGAUUGAAAAUCCAAUCGACAAGUAAGUUUUCACCUUUUUUGCAACUUUAUCUCACAUUUCCUCAUAUUCCAGGCUUAAAAUCGUUGCAUGUGAUGGUCGUCAAAAUGCAAUGCUUGCUUCAACUCUUCAUUCUGGCCCACCAUCUAAAAAACCAACAAUUGUUAAUCGAAAUAUGAAACAAGAUCAUAAUGAUGAUGAUGAUUCGGACUAG